GGGAGCCCGGCUGUAGCCGCGAUGGGCGCAGCGGCUCCGUUCCCCUAGUACCGCCGCCACCUGCGUGUUCGCCGGGUGCCCCAAGUCCCGGCCGGGGCUGCGCAGCCGGCGGCUCCCCCCCCUUUGCCGCAGCGUCGAUCGGACUGCGUUAGUCAAUUACGAGCCUUGUCGAUUUCCUCCCGGGGCUUCCAGCUCCUUCCUCCUUCACGGGCUCCGACUCUGCCUGGCGCUCCGGAGGGGCGGACGCGCGGCGGGGCUGCCAGGGUUGUGGCCGCGCCUCGGACGCCUGGGGGCCGAGCCGGAGCCCGAAUUCCCCGCAGCGCCCAGAGUGGCCCCUUGGGCCUGGGGCUCCGGCGGGCACCCGGACCGACAGACGGCCGCCCGGACGGCUCCCCUGCUCCUGCGCGCAGUGGGCUCUGCCCCGCGCUUUGGAGGGUGUUUCUUCUCGGGGUUUGGUUGGAGUCCCUUUCCCUAGAGGGAGGGGCGGGGCGGGGCGGGGACACCCCUUCUUAUCCCCCUCCCCCCAGCUUGAAGACUUCGGAGCCCCAGGGGCAUUCAACAGACACUCGGUUCUGCGCCGUGCCAUGGAGCGCGCCAAGGAGCGCAGCUGGGGCGGCCCCCGGAGAGCUCUGCGAGUCUGAGAAACCCACUCCGGGUCCGGCUGGGAGGCUCGACCUCGGCCAGGCUGGGGCCCGGGGCUCGGACUCGGAAGUCUCGGGGACGCCCUUGGCGACCAGCCCAAGUUGCGCAGACUGACGGGACUUGGGAAUUCACACCGCCCCUCUCCCCAAAGCCCCGAGUUCCCGGACUCAGACCCCUGCCGGGGAAGGAAGGAAGCAAGGAAGGAAGAAAGGAAAAAAGGAAGGAAGGAAGAAAGGAAGGAAGGGGGCAGCUUGUGGAAACUUAGCCCUUCCGGGGAGCAGUGGCAGAGCCUCGGCUGGGGCUUCACCAGUUCCCGGCUCUGCGCGCUUGCGGGACCAGGCGGGCGCAGGCUGCGGUCUGGUCUGUGCGACCGUCGGAACAUUGUGCUCCCCGGGGACCAGAAGUUUGCCUGGGGCUCUCCCUAGCCGCCGCGACCUCUCCAGCUUAGCGGUUCUCCGUGCUCUGAGGUUGAAGAGCCCCCUGCCUUGUGCCCUGAGUGUCCGUCCUUGAAGGGGCCAGCUUGGGCACCUUAGACGCGGGCUUACGAACUUGGUGGCGCCGGGGCUCGGGGCGGAGCUGAAGGAAGCCAGGCUGGCGUGUUUGAUGGCUUCACUGAGAAGGGUCAAAGUGCUGCUGGUAUUAAAUUUGAUCGCCGUGGCCGGCUUCGUGCUCUUCUUGGCUAAGUGUCGGCCCAUCUCGGUGAAGAGUGCGGACGCCUUCCGGGACGUCCAUACCCGGGCAGAGGCGGCGAACUUGACCCAGCACGGCCCUAGCACCGUCCAGGAUGCGGUGCUGAAGAGGCUCUCCCUGCUGGAGGACAUCGUCUACAGGCAGCUCAAUGGUUUAUCCAAAUCCCUCGGACUCAUCGAAGGCUAUGGGGGGCGGGGGAAAGGAGGGCUACCUGCCACCCUUUCCCCAUCUGAAGAAGAAAAAGCCAAGGGCCCGCACGAGAAGUAUGGCUACAAUUCCUACCUUAGUGAAAAAAUUUCACUGGAUCGUUCCAUACCGGAUUAUCGCCCAACCAAGUGUAAGGAGCUGAAAUACUCCAAGGAUCUGCCCCAGAUCUCCAUCAUAUUUAUCUUUGUGAACGAGGCCCUGUCGGUGAUCCUACGGUCUGUCCACAGUGCCGUCAAUCACACACCGGCGCAUCUCCUGAAGGAGAUUAUCCUGGUGGAUGACAACAGUGAUGAAGAGGAGCUGAAGGCACCCUUGGAGGAAUAUGUUCAUAAACGUUAUCCAGGGCUGGUGAAGGUGGUACGAAAUCAGAAGAGGGAAGGUCUGAUUCGGGCACGGAUCGAAGGCUGGAAAGUGGCCACUGGUCAGAUCACUGGUUUCUUCGAUGCUCACGUGGAGUUCACCGCUGGCUGGGCUGAGCCUGUUCUGUCCAGAAUCCAGGAAAAUCGAAAAAGGGUGAUCCUUCCCUCUAUUGACAACAUCAAACAGGAUAACUUCGAGGUACAGCGGUAUGAGAACUCGGCCCAUGGUUACAGCUGGGAGCUUUGGUGCAUGUACAUCAGCCCCCCAAAGGACUGGUGGGACGCAGGGGACCCUUCCCUUCCCAUCAGGACCCCAGCAAUGAUUGGGUGUUCGUUUGUGGUCAACAGGAAGUUCUUUGGGGAAAUAGGCCUCCUGGACCCUGGGAUGGAUGUGUACGGAGGAGAGAACAUUGAACUUGGGAUCAAGGUAUGGCUCUGUGGAGGCAGUAUGGAGGUCCUGCCCUGCUCCAGAGUAGCUCACAUCGAGCGGAAGAAGAAGCCCUACAACAAUAACAUUGGCUUCUACACCAAGAGGAAUGCCUUGAGAGUGGCCGAGGUCUGGAUGGAUGAUUACAAGUCCCAUGUGUACAUAGCCUGGAACUUGCCCUUGGAGAAUCCAGGCAUAGACAUUGGUGAUGUCUCAGAAAGGAGAGCUUUAAGGAAAAGGUUGAAGUGCAAGAAUUUCCAGUGGUACCUGGACCAUGUUUAUCCUGAAAUGAGGAGGUACAACAACACCAUCGCCUACGGGGAGCUUCGCAACAACAAGGCUAAAGACGUCUGUUUGGACCAGGGGCCUCAAGAGAAUCACACUGCAAUACUCUAUCCUUGCCACGGCUGGGGACCUCAGCUCACCCGCUACACCAGGGAAGGCUUCCUGCAUCUGGGGGCUCUGGGGACCACCACCCUCUUGCCGGACACCCGCUGCCUUGUGGACAACUCGAAAAGCCGCUUUCCCCAACUUCUCGACUGUGACAAGGUCAAGAGCAGCCUACACAAACGCUGGAAUUUCAUACAGAAUGGAGCUAUCAUGAAUAAGGGGACAGGCCGCUGCCUGGAAGUUGAGAGCCGGCCCAGCAUCGACCUUAUCCUCCGUAGCUGCACGGGGCAAAGAUGGACAAUUAAAAACUUCAUAAAGUAGAGCGCUGUCCUCCAGAACCUGCUUUGACUCCCCCAUGCUGGUACCUCCUCCAGAGCCUGGGAGAGAAAACAAGCGCUAUGCAGGGGCUUUGUUAGCUUUCUGGGGUCUUCUACAGGGCCACUUCAUCUCACAUGGGUGGGGAAACUGAUGGGGUGUCUAGCCCUUCCUCCCCUCGUCUGCCUCCCUCUGGGAAUCCCAUCAAGGAAACUUCUUUUGGAGGGCGCCGGCCCACACCCCACCAUCCCUGGAUGGGCUUCCUCAGAAUCCCUCGCUGGGGCAUCACAUCCUUGAUGUAGGCAAGCAUCUUUCUUCUGCUGCUGUGUCUGUGGCCAAGGAUGCUGAUAAUGCAAAGGAAAGAAACUUCCCCCUCCCUCCUUAUCUCCCCUCCUCUCCUCUCUCCUCCCUUCUCUCACCCAGUCUCACCCACCCACCCACCCCCAACACGCGGCUCAAAAAAAAAAAAAUUCCAGUCUAAAGAGACAAAGAACUUUCUUUCCUUUGGAUGAAUUGCUUCUCUCACUUUCCUUUGGAGUACUUUAGGGCCGGAGCUCGCAUCUCCUUGUAUUUGUCAAUUUGGCAGGCCGGGGACAUGAGCCUCUGCCUCCAGCUUCUCUGGAGGAAGGGGCGGCACCACGUGACCCCCGCCCCAAUCUCCGCCCCCUCAUCUGUAAGCUCGGGAUGCCCCCAGGGCCCUGAAAUGCAUCCUUGUCCCCAAUGCUGUGUCCUAAGAAACCCUUCCAAAUGGUGUCUCUGCUACUUGGCCCAUGUUUCCAGAGCCCACCCUGGCCCCCGCUCAUUCCGUACGGUCUACCCUAGAACACCUCCAAGGAGGGAGACAUCCCUCUCUACAGGGGUUCCGCCAGGCGGGGCCUCCCGUCGUUUUGGAGGGCUUUUAGCCCCUCCCUCUUCAUGGAAGUCAGAAAGUCAGCUGGUGGCAGGGGAGGAAGGACACCUCUUGUCUCUCUGGGGCCAGAGAAGGAGAAAGCAGCUCCCCGCAUCCUCGGGCGUCCCUUGUCUGCAGUCGCUCUCACCAUAAGCCCCGCGUGCUGGGGGCUGCUGAGCAGUAAACCUGGCCGAGGGUUUCCAUCAUCUGGAGGAAGAGGGCAAAAAGGCAGCCCUUCACCGCCAGCGGGAGAGAGGCAACCCUGCUCGCUCGCUCAGCGUGGUCGGCUCGGUUCUCCGGAGCCUGAGCCAUGGAGAGAAAAGCAGCGACCUCCGUCUCCCGCGCGCCCUCAGGGACCUCAGGAUCUGGUGCUCAGACUUUAUCCCGGAACCCUGGGCCAGGGCCUCCACGGCACCCCCAAACGAGGCCACGGGACUGCGGGGCGUGCACAGAAAGCUGUUUUAUGCCUGCGUCUACGACGUCCAUCCCACACUGCUAAGGGUGGAGAAGGCAGUGAUUUCCUGUCUUAGGAGUAAUAAUUUUUCUGAUGCCCUCUGGUUAGGGCACACUAAUAAAUCAAAGUUAAUAUAUAUAUAUGUGUGUGUGUGUGUGUGUGUGUGCGCGUGCGUGUGCGUGUGUGCAUGUGUGUGCACGAGCGUGCUUAGGAAUUGUAGGUCUCCGUGCUGCUGGGUUUGCUGCUUCCCCUCAUCACCUGGCUGAGGACGAGGACGUCUGGGCAGGGCUUGGAUGGGCGAGGGCUCCCCACCCAAGGCCACAAGUUAGCGGACAGCAACCCGAGUCCCCUCUGUAGCACCUGACGAGUGGAGAAAGCGGACGACGGCCUCGGGCUCGACAGGACCCCUUCGUAUACUCCUCCCCAUCCCAUCCUUCCAUUCUCUUUGCUCUGUUUCCCCCUCCCGGGACCCGGAUCCCUGUAGAAGACCUGAACUGCCGAGUAAGGAGUUCGGGGUAGAGUUUGACUCUUUCUUAUUAUCUGUUGCAUUAUCCCUUGUGAAAUAAAUAUGUUUUAGCAUUUAACAAAA